CCUACAUAAUCAAAGAAAGCCGUAGAUGUCUAUGUUCAGUUUUUGGGGAGAUAAUCAUAAUUAUAUAUCUACUGAGUGAUCUGACAGAAUAAUGAAAGACAUCCAAGGAUCUCAGCGGGGCAAAUGCAACACUUGUGAGUGUGAAGAGUACCGUACUUCACCCACACAGCCUGGACAGUUGCGUUGUGAGUACUGCAACCAUACACCAGUAGAGCAUGUCAGGAUCAUAGAACUGGGAGCUUGCAGUAGCUGUGGCAAAGACGAGUGCGACAAGUACCAGUCUGAGGAUCCAAACAGCUACACUGACUGUGAAUACUGUGGCUGCCCUGCUCAAUUGCAUGCUGGAGCUGAUAAACUACGCAAGCCUCGUCCUCAGCAACCAAGUGCACCCAUGACGUCUGGUCAGAUGAUGUCCCAGGGCGAGGGCGCCUCCGGGUUCCAACCAAGAUAUGAUGCUCAUGAACAACCUGUUCAAAAAAUAAUAUUUGGGGAGUGUAAAUGUCCUGGGUGUAAAUAUCCAAAGCGAAAAGAAGGUGACAAGAUCCACGAUUUCUGUAGCAGGACAUGUGCUAAGAAGUUCAAUGAACUUCAAUCAUCCUUUCACCAGCAGAAGGUUGCUGCCACCAAGACAGCUCAACAAGGUAGCUCCCCGAGGGCUUACGGACAGCCACCAGGAUCAUCUGCUAUCUCCAGUGGACCCAUGAGCUACUACUCUAAAAUGCAAGGACAAGGCCCUCCGAUGCUACCAAGUGAUAGUUUGCCUCUCUCCCAUUCUGGUAGAUCUAUGCCCCCGGGCCCUUCUACUCAGUCCAUGCCAGCAACAGCUGGUGGCAAGAUGUGCUCCAAGUGUCGAGUGAGACAAGCUAACCCAGGGAAGAGCUGGUGUGACCAGUGCUAUAUGCAGUCACAGAUGAACUCUUAAUUGGACAAUGUAUAAUAGUCUACAUCACACAUGUUUUGUAUAGAAAAACAGUAACUGUAAUUAAAAAAUGUCUAUUUUGCUAUUUUUCCUUCACCGUCCUUUUGGUACACAAUAAUACAUUUUGGAAGG